AUGCCGAGCAAAGCUGGGAGAGUCAGGAUGCCUGCUGACAACAGACUCCCUGUGUCAGCCUCUCUCAAGACGUCAGACAUAUGGAAAAAUUCAGUUGGGUAUGACCCCUAUGCUUCCGUGGAGGAGAUAAACAAAAGGGAGUUGAAAAAAAAGGAAGCGACGAAUGAAGAAAUCAACGAGAAGGCGAAGAGUUUGUUCAGUUUGGCAAGACUGACAGGGGCAUGCACCCUCUGCAACCACAUCGGACACUUGCCCUACCAGUGUAGAAAUUUGAUUAGUCUAGAAAAGCUUAACUUCCAAAGUGACAUAAAGGAGGAGGCGGAGGACGACCUGAAGGAGCGCCGCAACCUGGGCAUCGUCAGCGAUAGCGAUAGUAGCGGCGGGAGUGGUAGCGGCAACAGUAGUGAUGAUGGGAGUAGUAGCGGCAACAGUAGUGAUGAUGGGAGCAGUAGUGGUGGGCGCGACAGCAGGGACUCGGACCGCAAGUCAAGGAAGAAGGAGAAGAACAAGAAGAGGAAGCGCAAGCGCGAAAAGAGGAGGGACAAACGGGAGGGUCGAUCCCGCAAAGAGGAGAGGCGGUCGCACAAAGAGGGGAGGCGGUCGCACAAAGAGGAGAGACGAUCCCGCAAAGAGGAGAGACGAUCCCGCAAAGAGGAGAGACGAUCCCGCAAAGAGGAGAGACGAUCCCGCAAAGAGGAGAGACGACCCCACGAAGAGGAGAAGCGAUCCCGCAAGCAUGCAAAACGGACAGGGAAGGACAAAGAGGAACGACGUCGUCACACUAGCAGGGACCGAGACAAACCAAACGUGAAAAAGAAGGAAAAAAGGAAAAGGAGGACGAGAGAGACGGACGAUGAAGGUGUGCGGGAAAAACGGCACAGAGGGAGGAGCUCAUCAAGCUCGUAA